AUGGCCAAGUCAUGCCGGGAUGGUUUUGCGCACAAGAUGCAAAAACCUACCCACAACCAAUCUCCUGCAUCGACAUUAACAUUGCAACACCAUCUCCUCCUGGACCAACAGGAGCAAUAUAUCGAUGACCUUGGGGUCCCCCCUGUCAACGUAUAUGGUGACUACCAGCCGAUAUGGAAGGCAAAUGAAUACAUGCAUGAUGAAUACAUGUAUCCUACUCCGCCAUUGACCGCCUCCAUUGUGUCAGAGGACGAUGCCUCCUCCUCCUCUGGUCUCUCGGCCUGUUCCGAAUCUCUCCCCAACUCAGACGACAUCCCUAAAAAUCCAUUUCCUCGAAUUUCGAAACCCGUAGAGCUUCUGCGACAUUCAUAUGAUUGCGUUGUUAUAGGAUCUGGCUAUGGAGGUUCCAUUGCUGCCUCGCGCAUGGCGAGAGCAGGCCAGUCCGUUUGCUUGUUGGAGCGAGGAGAAGAAAGAUGGCCCGGGGAGUAUCCCACUGACUCAAUGGAAACAUUAAAACAAUGGCGAUUUACGGGCGAUCUCACUCCGAGUUCCCUUGGUAAAAUUGCUAUCAACAGCGGUAAUCCCACUGGCAUGUUUAAUCUCUUUUUUGGUCGUGAUCAGAGUGUUAUUCUUGGUAAUGGGCUAGGAGGUGCAAGCCUAAUCAACGCAAAUGUAUUCCUCGAAGCAGACAAAGAAAUCCUCAAGACGGGCUUUUGGCCCCCCGAAAUUCGAAAAGACCCUGAACAUUUGGAUAAGUACUACCAAAAAGUCAGAGAUGUGCUUGAGCCGGAAACAUAUCCGGACGACUGGCCAGCACUCAAGAAGACGGAAAUCCUCUACAAGCAAGCCAAUGUUCUUGGGCUAGCCGACAAGUUCUGCAAAGUUCCUCUUACAACACGUUUCCGACCUGGCCCCAAUAGUUCAGGGGUCAACAUGUCAGCGUCAACACUCACGGGACAAGAUAGCACAGGCCUGAAUGACGGCUCGAAAACCACAACUCUAGUGACGUAUCUCGCCGAUGCGUGGAAUUGGGGUGCCGAAAUGUUCUGCAAGUGCGAGGUGAGGUAUAUCGAAAAGGUGCAAGAUGAGCGCGGCGGUUACUUGAUCUACUUUGCGUGGCAUGGCCGCGGUCGUGAACGGUUCGCAGCAGAAAACACUUAUGGUGAUCUGAUGUGGGUUCACGCAAAGAAAGCCGUCUUCCUCGGUGCCGGUUCGAUUGGCACUACAGAAAUCCUACUGCGAAGCAAGCAGAUGGGUUUAAGUAUGAGCGACUGGGUUGGCCGUGGAAUGAGCGGCAAUGGAGACGUGCUAGCAUUUGGACACAACUGCAAACAAGAAGUAAACGCUCUCGGAAAGGCGUCGCCAGAUCCAGCAAACCCCGUCGGUCCAACCAUUACCUGUGCCAUCGACAACAGAAAGGGCCUUGCGAAUCCGCUUGACGGCUAUAUAAUCCAAGAGGGCACCAUGCCACAUGCAUUUUCCACACUGCUGCAGUGCGUGCUGGAUCUUCUGCCAGGCAGCCAUUCCCCUGACAAGUCGCUGGUUGAGCGAACUCAAGAGGCAAUGGGCUUGUGGAAGAGCAGGCUGCUCGGACCGUUCUCCAAAACGGGGCUUUUAGGAAAUACCCAAGUGUUUCUCAUCAUGUCCCAUGAUGGGAGUCAAGCAACGCUGAGUCUCAAAAACGACCGACCCGUUUUGGAGUUUCAAGGAGUGGGGAAAAGCGACCGCAUCAGGAGAUUCCAUGAUAUCCUCGAGAAGGCGACAGACGCCGUUGGCGGAACCCUGGUGUAUACUCCGAUGUAUCACUUCAUGAACAAGCACCAGAUAACAGCCCAUCCUCUUGGUGGUGUACCAAUGUCGCGGGAUAACACAGCAGCAAACGGGGCGACGAAUCACCUGGGCCAGCUCUUCACCGGCAACGAUACCUCAGAAACUCAUCCCGGUCUCAUCGUGGCCGACGGAGCCGUCAUCCCGACCUCCAUCGGCGUAAACCCGCUUGCAACUAUUGCCGCCCUGGCCGAACGAACAGUCGAGGCGUAUGCCAGAGAAAACGGCCUCAUCAUCAACGAGACGAAGAACGAUGUUUUAGACCUCUUUGGAGAGCCAGCCCACAAGCCAGGAGACAGGCACUCUUCCAAGUCGACUUAUACUUCCGAUGAUGAAACGCCUGAUCAAAUGUUGAACAAGAUCGAACUGCUUAGACAGAAGAGCGUUGAAUUCACGGAGCUAAUGUCUGGCUUCCUCCACAAGACUUCAUCAAGCGCGGCAGUUGACGACACGUCUGCCUAUGAGUCAGACUUUCGCGCCGGCAAAGGUCGGGGAGAGAUUGGGAGAUUGCUAGUCAGCGCGACAAUCUUUGACGGCGACGUACUGAGGGAUGAGUCUCAACCCAGCGGUAUGCUCACAGGCACAUUCGUCUGUCCAACCAUUGAAGGCUCGCCGUUCAUGUUAUCAAGAGGCGACUUGGGGUUAUUUAAGAGAACCCACAAAGCUACAGGAAGCAGCGUACUGACGUACGAUUGCGACAUGUCCGGCGCAAACGGUCGCAGCCUUCGUCUCCGUGGCUACAAACUGGUCGACGCAUCUGUGUCUCUUAGUCCCCUCCAGAUGUGGCGCUCCACAACGACCCUCUACGUUUCUAUAACGGAAAAGGGCACUCAUAAUGAAGAUGCUAACCAGGAGCGAAUCGUUUGGGAUUUCAUCUCUGAGAUGAUGACUCUAACUCCCUCUGGAAACAGCUUCCUCAACAAGGCCGUGAACAUGUCCAAAUUCAUGUCCUUCUUCACAUCUAAAUCACUAUCACAUUUUUUAACGCCACUAGGCUCACUCGAGUAUCCAGAACAGGGAUUCGUCUCAUAUAUGAAUUACACGCCUCCAUCUCAGACAUACACCGUAGUCGCUAGCGAUGGCAUCGAGACGGAGCUGCACAUGUGGGAACCGAGCCCAAGCGCUGUUGCCACUGAUUCAUGGGGCUAUCCUGUUAAAGUUGAGAGCCUUUUCAUGAUUCCCGGCGCAUCUGUCGACCAUCAAAUCUUUGCGUUGCCGACUAUCCCUUUCAACGCCAUCAAUUACUUCACACGCGCUGGCUACCGGGUUUUCGUGACGGUGCAUCGAAUUUGCCAGCUAAAGUCAACAAAAAAACAGGACUGGACAACAUACGACUCUAGGCUCGAUAUCAAGGCCUGCUUACAACAAAUCCGAAGAGUCUACGGUAACAACAAAAUAUACACCAUUGCUCACUGCAUGGGAUCUGUCGCUUUCGCCAGUGGUCUCCUCGAUGGAACUAUCCCAUCCGAGUGGAUACUAGGAAUCACCUGCAGUCAAGUGUUUAUGAAUCCAAUAUGGAACACUAUGAACAUGAUCAAGGCCAGGUCGCCAGUGGCGAUAGACAAAAUAUAUGACUCAGUCUUGGGGAAUUGGUUAGACUGCAGCACGUCGAACGAAGACUCCUUGGCCCAGCGAACUUUGAACCAGAUGUUACGGUUUUGGCCGGAAAAGAGAGGCGAGGCAUGUAAGAAUGCCGCCUGCCACCGUACGACAUUGCUGUUUGGACGUUGCUGGAGCCACCACAACCUUAACGAGGAGACGCACCGAAACAUGGAUCGCUUCUUUGGCGGAAGUUCCAUGAAGCUGAUGCAUUUAUUGAAACGGAUGGGAAGCCGUGGCUAUGUUAGCUCCAACGCUCCAGAAUACGAGGAGUUUAAGGGGCAAGAACAUAUUGAGCGCCUGCGCGGCAUUCCAAUCAUGUUCUUCGUCGGCGAGGACAGUGACGUCCUCUCUCCAAGAGCCACGGAGACGUCAUAUGAGCGCUUGAUCGACUCUUUUGGUAUAUCUGCCGGUCUUCCCGGACGAGGCGUUCAGUAUCGCCGGAGACUUGUCCCAGGCUACGGCCACUUAGACUGCUGGAUGGGACGCAACGCAUGGAGGGACGUGUAUCCCUUCGUGAGGGAGGAACUUGACCGAGUUGUUCGGGGAGAGUCGUAUCGAUUCCGCCAACCGAACGAUCGGUUCAAGUGUUUUGCAGAAGACUGUAAAUCACAUUAUUAA